AUGCCUCAUGGCACAGCGCUGCGCAAGGAGAAAACUCACCAGCUGCAACACUUCGAGCAGGUGGUGGCCUUGGGCGACGUGCCCGAUGGGACGCUGGUGACGGUGAUGGCUGGAAACGAUGAGAACUACUCUGCAGAACUCAGAAACGCCACGGCCGCCAUGAAAAACCAAGUAGCAAGGUUCAACGACCUCCGAUUCGUGGGUAGAAGUGGAAGAGGGAAAAGCUUCACACUGACUAUCACGGUCUUCACAAAUCCACCACAAGUAGCCACAUACCACAGAGCCAUCAAGAUAACUGUGGACGGACCUCGCGAACCCAGAAGACAUCGUCAGAAAAUAGAUGAGCAGACAAAGCCCGGGAGCUUGUCCUUUUCAGAGCGCCUGAGUGAACUGGAGCAGUUGCGUCGUACGGCCAUGAGGGUCAGCCCACACCACCCAGCCCCCACACCCAACCCACGAGCCUCCUUGAACCACACCACUGCUUUUAACCCUCAGCCUCAGAGUCAGAUUCAGGACACAAGGCAAGUACAGCCAUCUCCACCAUGGUCCUACGACCAGUCCUACCAGUACCUGGGCUCCAUUGCCACCCCCUCCGUGCACCCCGCCACCCCAAUAUCACCCGGCAGGGCUAGCGGCAUGACAUCCCUCACCGCAGAGCUUUCAAGCCGGCUGUCAAGUGCUUCUGACUUGACUGCGUUCAGUGACCCCCGUGUGGGAAUCGACCGCUCCUUCUCCGCGCUCCCCUCCAUCUCCGACCCUCGGAUGCACUACCCGGGAGCGUUCACCUACACACCGACGCCCGUCAGUUCAGGGAUAGGAAUCGGUAUGUCUGCCAUGUCCACGGCCACGAGAUACCACACUUACCUCCCACCUCCCUACCCCGGCUCGUCGCAGGCCCAGGGCAGCCCGUUCCAGACCAGCUCGCCCUCCUACCACCUCUACUACGGAACCUCCGCCGGCUCCUAUCAGUUCUCCAUGAUCUCAGGGGGAGACCGGUCCCCGCCGCGCAUCCACCCUCCCUGCACCAACGCCUCCACGGGAUCGACGCUCCUCAACCCCAACCUCCCCAACCAGAGUGAUGUGGUCGAGGCAGAAGGGAGCCACAGCAACUCCCCCACCAACAUGGCGACCACAGCGAGGCUAGAGGAAGCGGUGUGGCGACCAUACUGA